CGUUGAUGUUGUUAUAAAGCUUUUUUUUUUUUAUUGUUGGAAAGAAUUUAUGAUUGACAAUAUUAUUAACAUUCCAUAAUCAUAUUUAUGUGUUAUACGUGCGAAUGUUCAAUUAUGCUUACCGUAUUUGCACGGUAUCAUCCACAUUUGAUGCUACAGUUGUUUUCAAUGACGCAAUCACCACCUACACACUACGAGUUUUUUGGAUUUUUUUUAAGUCGGAUUUGAUAAAGCCCUAAUUAAUUGGUUAAUACGAAACAAUUGAGUACUUUUAGUGCCUUAAUAUAUGUUAUUUGGAGCCACAAAUGAACUUGGCAUCGUUUGACAAUUGUCGCUGUUGGGCCCCACCCAACUAAUUUGUUCCUGAUGUUAACUACAAUGGUUGCUGGAUUUUAUGAAACGAGCGAAGUGUAUACUCGCGGAACUGAUUUUUACACUGAGCUUAGUUUCUGUGUCCAUGAUCAUUUACCAUGCAUGUUCCACGGUCCUGCUACUUUGCGUUUGUUGUCCAAUAACAAUAACAACAAUCUGAUACCUAUUCCAAUGUCUGUACAAGUACCACCAGGUCAUGUUGUCCAACAGGUUAUAGACGAAAAUGGAACUCUCUUGCAUGUAAUUAUGCCUCCUCAAGCUUCUGUCGCAGUUCCUUUACCAACAACUUUUGAUAAUCAUAGGGCAACUUCAAAUACUAAUCAUACAGGAGGCACAAGUCCAUUUAUUGCUUAUCCUCAUCCUCAAUUGCAACCUCAUCCUGCUCAUUGUCAAUUUCAUGCUCCUAUUCACAAUUCACAUCCACAUCUACAUUUGAUAUCAGAAUGUGUGCAUUGUGGAAUGCCAUCUCAUUCGCACCAAUGUAACACACAUUCCUCUAAUCCAGGACCAUCAUCUCCAUCUAGUUCACAUUUGCAUCAUAAAGAUGAAAGGUCUCAACGGCAGUUCCAUAAGUUGAGGAAAAAAUUAGAGUCAAGACAAAAAGAAAGUAGCUCAGAUCUGUCCACUCAUCAUUCUCCUACUGCUUCACCAAAAAGAGGUGAAUAAUUUUAAAAUUGUUAUUUGAAAUUCAUUUU